AUGCCGCUUAUUGUCGUCCCGGGCGACCCCCUCGAUCGGUCGGUGGUGCUGCGCCCCCUGGAGCCGGCGCCUGUGGCGGCGCUGGCGCGCGAGUUCUGCGUCAAGACGCGCCGCCGCAAGGGCAUGAGCGAGGACGUGAGCGUGGCCAAGUUCUUCGACGACCCCAUGCUGCUCGAGCUGGCGCGGCAGGACGCGGAGCUGCAGGGCCUGGGCGUCAUGUGA